AUGUGGUCUAGGAGGGCAGAUAGGGGGGUGAAAGAGGAGACGGGGGUAGAUGGGAAGAUGGAGGGGGGGAGGAACACAAAGGCUCCCCUGCACUUCUCCGAGCUCCUCGACGACCUCUCCCAGGAUGCCCUGCUGGGCCAGCUGCUCAGCGACCCCUUCCUGUCGGGGGGGCGAGGCGAAGCGGAAGCCAUGGAGGGCGAGGACGGCGGCGAGCUGUCCCCGUCCUCCCCUCUCCCGCCGCACAUCACCGCCGAGCACAGCUACUCGCUGUGCGGAGACAGCCGGCCUCAGUCGCCCCUCUCACACCUGACCGGGGAGCACGGCAGCGAGGCCGCAGAGUCGGACGGGGAUUCGGCCGACUGGGUCAUGGAGCAGGAGGAGGCCAUUGAGGGCCUUCUGUGUGACACCCCCUCUCUCCUCCCGACCCUGUCCCUUUCUCUGGGUGCCACCGAGGGGCCCCGAGCACCCGAGGCCCCGGGUGUGGCCCCCGCCACCGCCACCGCCGCUGUGGCUGCAGCCCCGACGGCGGCCGGCACCAGCCACCAGGGCAAAGCCGUGAAGGUAAAGGAGGAGAACAUCAUCCCGCAGAUUAAACUUGAGCCUCACGAAGUGGAUCAGUUCCUGAACCUGUCAACCAAAGGUCGGGAGUCCCUGCAGAUGCCCCCCACGCCCCCCAGCUCCCACGGCAGCGACUCUGAGGGCAGCCAGAGCCCCGUCCACGCCUCCUGCCCCAACUCCCCCACCAGCCCGUCUCCACCUCAGACCAGCCUGAAGGUGUCACCCCGCGCCGCUUCCUCCCUGUCCAACUCCCCGCUGCUCACAGCUCCUCACAAACUGCAGGGCUCAGGGCCGCUUAUGCUGACAGAGGAGGAGCGCCGCACGCUGGUGGCCGAAGGCUACCCAGUUCCCACCAAACUGCCGCUCACCAAAGCAGAGGAGAAGGCGCUGAAGAAGAUCCGCAGGAAGAUCAAAAACAAGAUAUCAGCUCAGGAGAGUCGUAGGAAGAAGAAAGAGUACAUGGAUGCCUUGGAGAAGAAGGUGGAGACAUGUUCCAAUGAAAACAACGAGCUGCGAAGGAAAGUGGUCGUGCUGUGCUUUGCUCUGUUUUUGGGGAGCUUUUACCCGAGCAGCUCGACGCCCUUCUCCAGCCUCACCGAGACAGGCGUGGCCUCCAAACAGAUGGCGGUCAGGGAGUCUUACACAGCCACAGUGAAGUCCAGAAAUCUGCUGUCCACCUUCGAGGACGAGCAGCCGCACCUCCUGGGCCUGGGCGGCGAGUACCCCGAGCAGUGGGAGGACGCUCCGGCCGUGGUGAUGGCGGCGUGGCGGCGCUCGGAGCAGCAGAAGCUGGCGGUGGAGCCGGGCGGGGGCGAGACACGCCCGCCGCCGUUCAGGAGCAAAAGCAACGAAACGCAGGCGCAAAGCGAGCUGCUGCUGGACCUGCAGAGGUCUCUGGAACAGAGAGCGAGUGAGAGCAGCAGGAAAGUGAUAGAGCUGGAGCGAUCGGUCAACGAGACCUCCUGAGGUCGGGAAAGUCAACACCGCCCGAUGAGUUCCCCCCUCUAGAGCAUGUUCAGUGUCCCGGGAGCAAACCCCCACGCGGCAGUCCCCGCUGCCGAUUGGUUAAGGUCAAACGUUUCGACGCCAUCUCUGCUCAAUCAGAUACACUGUAACGCUAGAAAUAAUAACCGAGAGGCACAGGUUGCCUUUUUAUUUCUGAAUUAAAGUUGCACUGAUAAGUUUAAUAAUGAGCUGGCUUGCGGUUUGCUUUACUUGACCCAGCUUUUGUUUAAGAGAGAAAAAAGAAAAUCGCAUAAAAAAUUGUGUGGCGUUUAUUCCAGAGGAAAUAUAAUAAUUAAAUAAAUAAAAUAUGACAUGUGAGGCUUUGUACAGGACACGGAUGAUGUACUUCUGUAUUUAUAGACUUUUUUUUCCUUUUUUUUUUUGUGGUUUCUUUUCAAUAUUUUUAUUUCAUUCCAGUAAUGCAUUCAUCCCAUUUUGAUACCGUAUUUUGUGUUUUUACUAUUUUAUUGUACUAUUUUAUAUAUAUGUAUUGUUCAUAUUUACUUUAUUAGCGUCAGAGUUUCAUGUAUUGAGGCAUUGUUUCUGCCUCUUUUGGAGAAUCUGAGAAGUCUCUUAAAAGGUCCUUUUAGAUGUUAACAAGUAUAUUGAUUGAUAAAUGGUCAUUUCCCUUCCAUUUUUCGGAUACUUAAAGGUUGACCUAUCGAUCCAUGGCCGCGUUGAUCCUGAAAAUACAAAGAAAUUUGUCGUAUUAUACAUUUGUCGACCUUUUUAGCUUCUCUUUGAGUAAUCUGUGGGCAAUGUAUUACCCUUAGUGCUCUGCUAAAGUAUUUAAUUUGUUCUUGGGUUAUAUUUGUGUACUAGACCACAAAAAAAUGAGUGUGAGAUAAGAAGAUUACCACUGAGUGGGGCUGGCUGGUUCCCUCUGUUUCAAGUAUAUCAUGCUAAGCUAAGCAACGGAUUUGAUGCACAGACAUGGAGUUAAACAAGGAUAACAGAGUCUUUCCCAAAUUUUUUGGGGAAAAAAGUGCAUCUUGAGUGGAAAUUUUAUCUUAAAUUCUCCAAUCAUUUUGCUUUUCUACCUUCCAAGAGUCUUCAUCGGCUGUUUGCCAUCUAUUGCCUGAAAUAUUUCUUCUCAUAAACGGUGAAAAUAGCCUCUUCUUUUUUUUUUUCCAAUGAGAAGGCCUAAAUGUUUAUGGGACGUGUAGAUUUAGAACCAUUCCACAAUUUGUCUUCUCACUUUUUUUGGGUUCUGUGCUGUCGAUGAGUUAUGAACGCAUGAUGCCAGAGCUGCAGGAUGCGUUUAGUGUAACUGGAGAUCGCGAUGUCAAAGUCUUAACUUUGCUCUUUAAAGUGUGGCACAGAGGGUUGUUGUUUUUUUUUUUUGUUUUAAGUUCUGCCCUGUAAAUACAAGUUCAAACUGUCUCAGAAUAAAGCCACAGAACCGUUCCUGGUCAAAUGUGUGUCUGCAUGUGGCCUUAAAACCUUGGAGAUCAGCGGGUAUAUCGUAAUGUGGUGUAGCCUGGUCUUUGAACGUUGCAUUCAUCAGCACCGGGCCUGGAAAUGCUCUGCAGGAAGGACUGUUUGAAACACGGGAUCAUGUUGUGGUUCUUAUUUUUAUGUACAAGUAUCCUCCACUUUGCAACGCAAAUCUUGAAGCCAGUCAAAUAGAAUGUCUUUUUUAUUUGUUUUUUUUAAAUCAAAUUUGGAUUUCCUUACUUUGUGUACCUGUGUAAAAGCAGUCUGAGUUGGCUUCUUUCUUCUUGCCUUUGAAAUAAAUAAAGUAUUUUACUUAGUAAAAGCAUCAAUAUUGUGUGUCUGUGUGCUU